GUGCAUCUCCCAGCUACAAAGAAUGCUUGUCUGUAACCAACGAGGAAGAAGUUCUAUCCUACUGUAAAAACGAAUCUGAUUGUUAUUUUAAAAAUGUUAAUGGCUCCGACAACUCAACGAUUAUUUGUGUGUGUAAAAAAUAUGUGGAUGAUUAUUUUUUCGCCGGACCGGAUUGUUCAAUAAAAAUUUCUUACCACUACCAAACGAUGAAAAACAACGAAGUUAUGAACACCAGUUGGAUCGAAGACCUGUUCAACAUCAACCCCUGGAAAAAUGAAGAAAACCGAGUUGGAAAAAUUUGCAUCAACCCCAGCUGCAGGU